UCAGAAUGUGCAUUAAAAUAGGGUGAUGGAAACAUAGCGAUUGUUGCAGCUCUCAAUUCUCAUUUGUGUUUUUACAUAUUCAAACUAGGGCAGAGGAAAAGAUACAAAUAAUAACUUCAAUUUUGGUCUGUUUGUCUCACAACGCUAUCGUAUAUAUGGCCUCAAAAGUCAUAUGGACUAUAUUUACAGUGUUUUCAUCCUUUUUAGAGCUUACUGAUGGUCACCAUCCACUACAUUGUAUCGUAAAUUCUAGUAAAUUUCUCUUUUUGUGUUCCACUAUAUAAAAUCAUGCUGGUUUGGAAUGACAUGAAUGUGAGUGAAUAAUGAUUGAAUUUUAAUUUUGGGUGACUGUAAGUAAAAAUGAGGGCCUCUUUUUAGGAACAGGAAGCCGGCCCUUAACUUCCUUUUGUCACUAACUAGAAGCGAUGAAUCAUGGUAAAGCGGGAAGGAAGUGAAUACAUGACACUGGAAUGUUCCCAAUGUGACUUUCGCUUGUCCAGAUGGCCAUCUGCAAACCAAAUCUGAAUCCCGGGGCGGCUGAGGAUGAUGAAAACAGGAAGUGGUUAUUACUGUGGCAUUUGGCUUCACUUAAGGCAGCUGACACAAUGCUGCCCGUUAUUUCACUCCACCAGAUACCACUUAGUGCCGCCGGCUCAUUUCUGAGGACUUCUUAGCAAUACUUAAAGCUUCAUGAGAAACCUUACAUGAACCGUCUCUUCUUAGUUAAUCUGGGUUUACGUGAUAUUUGAAAUAAGGUCACCUAUAAUCAUAAACUGCAUCCGUAUGUUUGUAAAUGCAGAUGAAACUCGAGCAUUUUGCUCUGAAGAAACACAAUCUUCUGCUGUUUAGUGAAUGUUAUAGUAAACAGCUUUCAAAUGAAACAUGGUUUGGGAUCAGUUUACUUGCACGUCCUCCGAACACACACACACACUACUGCGUUUAGACUUCUACAAAGGGUUUCUAUUGCUAUAGAAAUCUACAUGGUAGCUAUUGUUUAUGAUGGCUAAUUUUAGUGCGUUUUUGUUUUGUUUUUUCUAUAUGCUGUUUUCCAGCUUUUCAUUUCUUUGGAAUAAAUUAGGAGUUGUUUUCUAAAAAUGAAGUGUGUGUGUGUUGAAUUGUCAUCUGUACGGUUGGAUUCUGACUGGAUGUGACGUUACUGGGCUGAAGGGUGAACUGUGUCUCUCAGCAGAAGGCAGCCAAACGGUUCCUCCUUAUAAAGCGUUCAUGCAACACUGUAAAAAAAAUAGGAGUGUCGGGUCAAAGAAAAUUCCUGAACAACCACCAGGAAACCACCUCGUUCACCACGGCAACAGCUGAUCCUGGACUCCAGCCUCCCUUUGGUCUGAUCCGACAAGACCUUCACGUUUCGGAAAGCAGAGAAGGGCAAAUGAAGGGAUUUAUUAGAGCGCACUCACGUGACCUGUUGCUACGGUGACACGUAACGCGCCGCAGCGCACCUGACGCUUGGAUCGUGAGCAGUGAUGCCUACACGGAUAGAGCAGCUCUCCAGGGCCAAACCAAACCUUCUCAAGUUCCCUGACAGGCGCUCCGUAUACUGGCUUGAUGAACUACCAACCAGGUCAAAGAACACCACUACUGCCUUUGAACUGACUCCUCGCUUGGAGCAGCUCGCCCAGAGCAAAGAAUCAAGCCAUUUCAUUGAGGAGAGCAGAAGGUCACCGGAGUGGAUGGUUAGUGCAGCAGCGCUAAAAGCAUGUCCUUCUGAAAGAGUGUGUUCACUGGCACUGCCUCGUAUGCCAGCUGAUGGAUGGCAGCCUGAACGCCCUCUGCUGGCCACUUUAAGUGUUGCAGUUAAAAAUGCCAAGCCGAGUUCAAGAAUAUGUCAGCUGGCGCAACCAAAGCGGGCGAAGACGCUAUUGACAUACUGCAGCGUUGAUUCAAGCGCCCACGCGAUCAGCGUUCCCAUCACACCCUCAUCACGCAUACGACAGCUGGCCUCUCCUAAGCAGGUCCAUGCACAGCACUCUCUCGCGAGGCCUGUUUCUUGGCCGGUUCCAGAUCAUGUUCUGAAGGCCGUAGCCAGUGAGAGGCUGCAGAAAAUGGCUCGACCCAAGACCCGUCAGGCCCUGUUUGAGGGGUACGACCCCUACCAGGUCACUCAUGCUGCUCGGGCCGCCACCGCGUCCCCCAGACUGCUGGAGCUGUCUUUACCCUUACCACGCAAAUGUAAAGGCCAAUAAACAAUCAUCCCGCCAUCCUUAGUCAAGCUCUUUCAGUAAAUGAUUUUUUAAAUGUUUUUGGAAAAAAAGGCUUAAAUGCUCUGCAUUUAGUUGAUUAAAAUACAACCUUUUGACUGUAGUGUAGGUUUUUUUCCCAAGAAGUACACUCAUAAUGUUAGUCUAAAAUAAGCAUGUUUUGAGUUCUGAAAGUUGAAGUUGAAGCUUUCACAUUUAUCAAAACAUUUCAAGUCAGAAAACAUUCUGAAAUACAAUGCUUUGAAGGCACUUCAUGUCAACAUGAAAUGUAUUCAUGUGUGGUAAAUGAGAUAUGCUCAAUGCUCAACAGGUUACUGCAGAUCUGAAAAUUCCCCCUCCAGCCUUCAGGCUAACAUAGCGCUGUAGGUUACAUUGACUCUUACAAAAAAAAAAAAAAGAUCACAGAAUGAAUAAUGAGCAUCCACAUUGUUCAUCUUUCAGCAAUAUUUAAAACCAUAAAUGAUCUGUGUUUUGACUAUAAGAAAUUCAAAGCUCUGUAACGAGUUCAAUAUCUAUUUUAAUUGCUACUAAACUUCAAAUAAACCUUAUUUACAGACUGCAUUGUUAACCUGAAAGUACCCAAGUAAUUUACAGCAUGCACGUGUUGCUUCUGUCUGCUGUGUGUGCAGUUUGACUAACAAUUGAUUUCACAAAGAGCCUGGUGUAAUUCCAACAAAGAUCAAUGUGUGAUCAGAUGAUAUUGAAAUGAAUCCUAAUUCUCAAUGAGUGUAUGCAAUAUCAGUUUAACAAAUGAUUCAUUUUGGUAUUCAGCAAACAACAAAUGUCUCGUUUGAAUGUAUUUACUUGAGGUUGAUUGUAUGUUGUCUUUAUGUCAUCUUAAGUUCUUCCCCAUUAAUUCUUCAUCACGACUGAACUCAUGAGAGACUCAUGAGAUUAAUGCUGAUAUGUUUGUUUUGAGCGACUGAGUGAGGGAGUAAAUGGCCAUUAUGGAGACCGCAUGAAUCAUGCGAUAUUAUGUGCACAGGCACUGGGAUAUAGAAAUAAUCAUUUCAACAUAAAAAUAAAUGUUGCAUCAAAGCAACAUUUAAGAAAUGUAAAUUUAUGGAACUUAUUUAGCCGUUGUCUCCUUAACAUGCGCUUUGUUGAUGUCAUUUAGCAAGAAGUGACUCAUUUCAGGUCGUCUUUGCAACAAAAACACAUGACGUGCAUCUUUGCUUAAAUUCAGCAUUUUUGGACCACAGCACCAACGUUGACCCCCUUAGUGGACAUUUGAGGUGUUCUUUCGCCAGUGUGAUUACCUUUAUCAUAACAGUGUUAAUGCUGAAAUAUACUAUACUACCCGAUUUACAGUCUGGAUCUGUCGGAUCUUUCUCCACAAAUGCAUGCAGUAUACAGUGCACAGUUUGCAGCAAGCAUACUGUGGAUCGGCUUGCUUUACACAGUGUAAUGUUACAAGUUAGUAAGUUGAAAGUACUGUUCUGUUUGAUGAGCAAUAAUUGUGUUGUUUCUCCUGCCUGUUCCUCAAACCACAUAUUACAAAUGUUAAUGUUAUAUCUGUGCUACACCCCAAAGGGAGGUAAAACAUUCAUUUACAUGUUAUUGAAUGAGAAUCCGCAGUAUACUGUACGCAUUCCAAUAACCUGUUGUAAUGGGACUUUAGGGAUGUUGAUAUCUGAAAUGUGUGCUUCCGCUGAGCCUUUGUGAUGAUUUAAACUCUGUUUAUGACAGGCCAGGGGUUUCACAAAGUUGUUUUACUUCGGGUACAUAACUCAUUUGAUUCUAUAUUCUCCAAAUGUUUUGUUUAUUUCUCUGAGUCAUUCUAGUUCAAGUACGUCCGCUGAUUUUAUCACUCCACGUGGCAAAAAUGAAUUGCGGAAACAUUUAUAACAGAAAAUAAAAUGCAUU